UGGAAUGCAAUGAUCAGGGAGUCUCCCUGUCCAGAGUUGCCAUGUCACACUCCAGCGAUGAGCCCACAUGUCCCAAGUUCCAACCCAAUAUCUUUGACCCCUCCCGCUGCCACGAGUGCCUGCGCCAGAAACACCUUCAUACAAGUGUGGCGGAAAGAACCGAGCCACAGCAUCAGGAGAAACCUCUGCCUCAGGAUGGGGAUAAAACUGAGAAAAGCGCUGGAGUUGGAAGGGAGGUCGGGUCGAGUGGGAGAGCGCUGCUGACGCCCAUCUCAUCUCAGGCAGAGGAAGGAGACACCAGCAGCAGCUGCAAGGAGGACUCUGACAGUGUUUCAGUGGUGAGCAGCUACUGUGAUGUCAGCAGAGGUCAGGCGGGUAAUGUGGAGACCUCUCUGUGCAUCUUGAGCCCUGACUGCAAGCUCUAUAUCUGUGAGGACGACAACAGCACAGACAGCUGUCGUGAGCAAAGCGAAGAGUUCAGUUGUUCUGUUAGUACAGACGACGAAUACUUGCCGAUUCGACGUCAACCCACCAAACUCAGGAUGACCCGGCUGGACCCUCCACCUCACCGGCCCAACCCUCGGCAGGCCUGGAUGGAGGAAACCAGAGGUGGAGGCAGCUUUUCUAGAGGCUCAGAUGUAAAAGAAGAUAGAGAGAAGCGUGAAAGUGGCUACUACUCACUUGGCAGGGCAGCUGGUGCCCGUUUUAAUGAAAAAAGCCAACCUACUCCUUUUCGCCAUUUUGAAAGAGGUCAUCCAAUCUUUAGUCACAGAAACAUUGAGCCAAAGGAUACUAUCCCCUUCCGAAAUCCCAAUCUUGGAGUUGCCUCCGAAAGGCCAAUACCAGACGUGUUCAGUGAGGACCUUACAGCAGAUAUCCCCCCACCAGACCCUUAUGAGGUUGCGGUUGAGGUCGAAGCACAAGUAGGGCCUCGAUCCCCCAGUCCUACUCCUUUUAAAAUAGCGGAGUCGCUGGCCUCAACUGGCCGAAAAGGUUUAAGAGGUGGAUAUAAUUCCUCAACGCAAGGCUCAGCUCUGCAUUCUCGCUCUUCAUCCCCAUCACGGGAAAACUUGCAGUUAAGACACCGUGAGCCUAGCAGCAUUCUUAACAGGACAAACUUUGAUGGUGGAGGUUGGUCUCAAAGACAAAUGGACAGAUCAAGCCUCUCCAUACAAGGUUCUCAAGGUCGACGUUUUGAGUCAGGAACUCUGCCAAAAAACUUCAAAUCCUUUCCUUCUAUGUCCCAGUCCAGUACAGUUUCUGAUUUUAGGAAUGCCUUAAGGAAAACGGAAGCAGAUUGUUCUUUAAAGGGCACAGAUUAUGUGAAAAGGAGCUCAUCUCCUUCAAGGAGAGAAUAUGCAUCGUCAUUCAAGAUGUCUCCCAAUACUGAAGUCAACACUAGUUGGACACAUCGUAUUUCCUCCCCAUCCAGAACGUAUGAUCAUAUGCAGGAGAGUCGUACUUCCUCUUCCCCUAGGAGAAAUCUGAACUCCUCAAGCCAUUCCUUAGGUAGAUCUGAAUCCAACAUAUCCCUAAAUGAACGAAGUCACCAUCAACGUAGUGGUUCUCCGGUAUCUUCUAGGCCACCCAGGAGUAAUUUUAACUCGUCGAGCCAUUCCCUCCGUAAAUCUGAAUCCAUCACAUCUCUAAAUGAGCGAAGUACCCAUCGACGUAGUGGUUCCCCAGUAUCUUCCACAUUGCCAAGCAGAAAUUUUAAUUCAUCGCGCCAUUCCCUGCGUAAAUCUGAAUCCACUACUUCCCUCAAUGAGCGUAGUCACCAUCAACAUAGUGGUUCCCCAGUAUCUUCUAGGCCACCAAGGACUACUUUUAACUCAUCAAGCCAUUCCCUACGUCAAUCUGAAUCCAUCACAUCCCUAAACGAGCGAAGUAACCAUCAACGUAGUGGUUCUCCGGUAUCUUCUAAGCCACCCAGGAGUAAUUUUAACUCGUCGAGCCAUUCCCUACAUCAAUCUGAAUCAAUGAUAUCCCUAAACGAGCGAAGUAACCAUCAACGUAGUGGUUCUCCAGUAUCAUUCAUGCAACCAAAAGGAAAUUUAAGGUCAACAAGCCCCUCUUUCCAUCAUAAAUCAACCAAAUCAAUUACAUCUCUAAAUGAGCGCAGUCAUCAUAGGCGCUGUGGCUCCCCUGUAAGAGAGGGUUAUGGGAUAGAAGGCCAGGCCCAGCUGCGUAACCUAGCAACUAGAAACGGACUGAUGGAUCAGGAACGUGAAGUCACUGUUUCUUCAUCUAGCCAUGAUUCUGAUAGACCAAGACAAUCCAUACUUAAAAAGCCUGAGUCAAGCACUGUAAGCGGCAGUCGAUCCUGGGGCAGCCGCUCUUCCUCUCCUUCAAAAAGAGGUCAGGAAACUUUUGCCCAAGGAAGGCAUAACAGUGGUGGAUCAGUAAAUGGCCAUGUUCAUGAAAAGCGAAAAUCUUCAGUUUCAGGGAAAAACUUUGAUUCUACUUUUAAAUCUCAGCAACAGAAGACAGAGACUGCUAGCUCCAUUAGAAGCCAUGACAAUGAGAGUUCAUUGGCUUUGAGGGGAACCCAUUAUGCUUCUGACUAUCACUCAUCUGGAAAUAUGCGAACUGGAAGCUCAUUUAACAGCAAGUACCUACACACUAGCCGCACUCCCUCUCCUUCCAGAAAAGGUAAUAAUGACCCCCCAGGCUACUCCGUCCUUAGAAGUGCCACCAAAGGAGAUGCAAAUGGUUCUUUUGAGACAAAAAACACCAGUGGUAAAUCAAAAUAUGACUCACAUUCCUCAUCACUCUCACAGCGAGGAUCCACACAUUCCCGCCACGGCUCCUCUUUAUCUCGUGCUACUUCGCCAUCCAGAAAAUCUGUAAAUAACAACAAAGAUGCCCAUGUUACAUUAGAAUCAUCCAGAUCCUCUAGCUCAAUGAGAUCUAGGAUUGGUACUUAUGGCCACGAUGAUCAACCUCUUCAUGAAAAGAGGUCUUCUCAUUAUGCAAGGAGCCCCUCUCCAUCACAGCAGAUUCAAAUGCACUCGUCAUCGCAAAGCUCCAUGGAGUCCACUGAGUCGGGCCAGGUCUCUGUUGGAUCGACAGGACGGAACAGGGAGGAGUACGCUGCGAUGGCCGACCUGCCAAAAGUCAAAAUAAUCCAUCAGAGGGAAGGGCCAAGCCACGUGGGAAGGCCACAGAGUCACCAGCCUGUUCGAAGACAGGAACUUUUUAAACCAGCCAGUCACUCCUUGAGCAGACAUCCCUCCAUAGAAUGGGAUGGUCCUGUAGACGCAGAGAGAGAUUGGCAUUAUGGGGGUGGUGGAUAUCUAUCUCGAGCUCACUCCACUACGUCACUGCAGAGAUCAGGCAGUCCCACAGCAGAUGAGGGCUGUUCGUGGAAAAGUAAUCAUCACAGAUCAGAAGAAAUGCAGCCUGACCUCUUGAACUUCAAAAAGGGAUGGAUGUCAAAGCUGGACGACUGUGGAGAGUGGAAAAAACACUGGUUUGUUUUGACUGAUGCUGGACUGAAAUAUUACAGAGACUCCAAUGCAGAAGAGAAAGAUGACCUGGAUGGAGAGAUUGAUCUGAAAUCUUGCAUGAAGGUGUCAGAGUUCGAUGUGGAGAAGAACUAUGGCUUUCAGAUACAGACACGGGAGGCUGUUUUCACGCUAUCUGCCAUGACAGCUGGGAUCAGGCGAAACUGGAUAGAGGUUUUAAAGAAGAGUAUCCGUCCCAGCAGCUCUCCUGACCUCACACAAUUACCUGACAACAACAGCGACAAAGAAAACUCCCAUAAACGGUUCUUGUCGUCUUCCCGUCGCCCAUCAUCACGCCAUGUCGACUCCCACUCAGAGGCUCCAGGCUCGGCCCAUCAAGCUGAACGAAAAAUCGACUAUGUAGAACUCUCUCCUGUUCCCGCCUCUUCUGGCCUUCUUCCAACCAGUCAGAGAGAAGCAGGGGAGGGCCAGGGGCGAGAGCACAGCCAAUGGCAGGAGGAGAAGAGCAUGAGCAGCCAGUGGGAAGCCGUUCUGUCCCGGAAGGGAACGGGUGUGGGAUCGAACCAGAGGCUACACCUGGAGGAUGAAAUCGAGAAAAGGUGGUCCGAGUUUGAACGAAUGCCUUUAAGGGACAUGAGCUCCUUAUCAUCGAUGGGAUCGAGGACCUCUAGCCCGUUGGCCAACGAGGCGCUGCAGAGGGAGGUGGCGUCACUGAGGCAACAGCUGGACCAACUGCAACAGGGGGGAGGAGGGGGGUGGGGGAAAAGCAUGCGUGUCAACUGCGGCCCUGAGGCACCCUGCAGCCGCAGCCUGGCAGCCAUGGAGCGCGCUCAUAGACAUGCCCUGGAGGAGCUGCAGAGGCAGCAUGACCGCCAGAUGAGGGAACUGGAGAAGGAGAAGGAGCGACUGCUGAUGGAGGAGACCAGGGACACGGCAAGGGUGAUGGAAGCUUUGAAGAAGAAACACAAAGAAGAGCUGGAGAGAGAGGUGGAGAAGGUCAAGAGGCUGAGCAGUGGGUUAGACCCUCGGACUCUGCAAUCCCAACAACAGGCUGAAACUCAAGCCUUGCAGAAAGAGCUGGCUGGCCUCUCUGAGCACUAUUCUCAGAAGUGUCUGGAGCUCAACAGAGCUGAGCAGAGAAACGCUGAGAGAGAACGGGAAGUGGGUCAAAAAGAGAGAGACAUGGAGCAGCUGAGGAAAGAGAACCUGGAGUUAAAGGCCCGUUUGACGGACGAAAUGAGCCGAACACGAUCCAGCCUCACAGAUAAAAGCUCAGAAGACAACAAAGACAAGUCCUGCGAACUAGAGGUUCUUCUCAGAAUGAAAAAUAACGAGAUAGAGUAUCUGCACAAGGAGAUCAGCUGCCUUAGGAAUGAGCUGCAAUUUCUAACCAGGGAAAAGCAGCUGGCCUGUGAGCGGUACGCAGAGGUGCACGGAGAGCUGAGCGGGAUGAAAGGCCGUACGGAGCGGGAGAUUCAGAGUCUAAAGGAGCACUUAAGGCUAGCAAUGGCUGCUCUACAAGAGGGACAAAAGCUAGGGAACAGCCUGGACCACUGACGAGCCGCUGCGGCACGGCUUGGAGCACAACCAGAAUUCAAGCAGAGGAUAAUUCUGAGUCUCUUUAGAGAUUUUGGAAAAAAAACAGGUGUCAUUUAAAAUAUUUCAGGCUUUUCUUUGUUCCCAGAGCUUUGCUCUCCAGGCUGCUGGCGACUGGACUGUACAGGAACUUUCCAGCUUUGUCUGAACUGUAACGUGUCUUUCAACCAAAUUCCCAAGAAUUGGUCGGUUUCAUUACACUGGGCCUCAUGUUGUAUGAUCAUGUGCACAUUUCACUUUCUGUUUCGCUUUUUGAAAGUUCAAGCUUGUAGCGACUCGCAUUUGGUCUUAAAACUGGAAUAUCCACUUUUUUUUUUUUUUUUUUACUGGCCCCUGCCAGUAGUUUAUUGUCUAAGCUUUAUCUUUAGAUACAUUCUGUUAUGUUUGUCUCAUUGCUCAGCUUUUUCUGUUGGCUUUGUCAAAGUGGCACACUUUCUUCAGAAAUGGGAGCUUUGUAUUUGUUUUUUUAUUCCGUCUGCAAUUUUUUUUUUUUUUUUUUAAUCAUGGAAAAUUCAUUGGGAUUCUGACAUGACUAAGCAGCAUGAGUUGUACUUCCUCGCAGACUUGAUGGGUGAUUUGGAUCUGAUUGUUAAACAGAUUCAGGCCUUUCUGGUUUUCCAUUGACUGUAAACGCUGUUGUAUGAUUGUUUCCCUUCAUAAGGUCCAUGUAUUGUUAAGCCACUGAGGAAAAUCCCUCAGGCUUCUUGAUUUCAAGGAUCAUUUAUGGGCAUAUUCUGCUAUGUGCCACCAUCACAACAAAGGGCAGGUGUUGCAUUAAUGAGCCAUUUUAAAAAUAUAUAUUUUUCUUAUUGAAAAGAGCGAUUGUGAAAAAGAGUAACUACCUACUUUUUGGAAGCAUUUUCAUAUUUAAAGCCUCUAGAGUCUGUAAAUUAUGCUCAUUUUUGCGAUCAAUAAAGCUACUU